AGUGGUUGCAAUAUGGUCGCCGCGCCUGGUAGAAGCAUGCAAGCGCUCGUGUCGAUCCGCUGGAUCCUCACUAGUAGAAGCAUGUCGCGACCUCUUCCUCCCGCCCUUCAUUCUCGCUAUCUGUGCAAAAUAAACAAAUUUAACAAUACUUGUCAUAAUAAGUAAAGCAUUUUCACAAAUGAGCAUAUCAUUUGAGUCAUUUUUCUACUUAAUCCAGAAAUUUCCAACCAAUCAUUUAGCAACUAACGAUAUCAAAAGGAAAAUAUAGAGAAUUAACAUAAAGGACAACUUGUAAGUUCUAACUCAACCGUCAUUUCUAUAUCAAGACUCUAAAACCUCUAAUUAUUUUGAAAUACCAAAAUAGCAACAUUGCAUGUGAAUGUGAUUAACAAUUUCUAGCUGUGUUAAGGUCAAUUUAAGAACUAAUCCACUACCAAGCAACCAUCAUCACUAGCAAACAAAAACAAGAAACAACUUUCCUAAUUACAAAACAUUAAGAAUAUGAAACUCAAAUCUAUCUUGAUCUUUUCCAAUUCUUAACAAAUCAGCAAAGUAAUCUUGGAAGUUAAAUACAUGCCAUGUUAAAUAUUGGAAAUAAAUUUUGGAAGUCUGCACUGUCAUAUCGGAAAAUCAUUUUCCAUUAUCAUAUCGGAAAAUCAUUUUCUGAUUUUCCGAUAUUACAGUGAACCAAAGCAGACCCAAAUCGCGCCCCACUCGUGCCCAUACUCAUUUCAUGCAAUUUCAGGCAACAAAACACAACAAAACCUACCUCUAAUCAUCAAUCAACUACCCUAGUGUUCAAUCAUUCACCUAAUUCAAACUUGAAAUGUGAGAAUCAUUGAAAAUCAAAACUUACCUUUUGAAUGUAAUGGAAUGAGUCUUUGAGGGAGCUUUGAUGAUGAUUAGAACCGAGCUUUGAGGGAGAUUGAAGUGGUGGAACCGAAUUUUGGGAGAGAUUGAAGAGGGUGCGAUUUGGGGAGGGAAAUUUGGGUUUUGAAAUAAUGGGUUUCAAAACCCAAACUGUCGUGUUUAUAUGUUUUAAACACGAUCGGUAAAUGAUUACCCAUUAUAGUAUCGGGUAAUCAUUUACCGUUAUUAAUCAACUGGUUUUCUGGUAAUUUCGCCCCUUCAUGUGGGGCGGGGGACCUAAUGGGUGGGGUGUUAAAUCCAAAACCCCCCGUACUCUUCCUAAGACAAGAAUUAAAAAUGAAUCGAUUCCUGACGGCAAUAUUCAGAACCAAACACGCACUUACCAAUUCCCACAAGCCAUUGACCAAACCGGACACUGAAAAGCGCCACGCCAGAACAAAAACCAGACCAAGCAACAACAACAGACCCAGAGUCUGGGAAUGAGUUUCCAUGUUGAUUGUUUGUUGAAUUGUUCUUGAGUUGACCACAACUCUCUCACCUUCUCUUCUUCUUCUUCAUCUUUACCAUUUCUGCGAAUGCAAACAUUUAUUCAUCGCAGUUACAGAUAGUGAAUGUGAAUGUGAUGUACUCAAGCAAUUUGAUCGGGUUCGUGUUAGCUCUUGUCUCCGGCGCUUUCAUCGGCUCCAGCUUCAUCAUCAAGAAAAAGGGUCUCCAACGCGCCGCCACCCUCAGCGGCUCUCGCGCCAGUGGUGGUGGCUAUGGUUAUCUCCUUCAACCUCUUUGGUGGCUUGGAAUGGUUACUAUGAUUGUUGGCGAGAUUGCGAAUUUUGUUGCCUACAUUUAUGCCCCUGCGGUGCUUGUUACUCCACUUGGUGCUUUGAGUAUUAUUGUUAGUGCUGUCCUGGCACAUUUCAUGUUGGGGGAGAAGCUGCAGAAGAUGGGUAUGCUAGGGUGUCUUCUCUGUAUAGUGGGGUCCACUAUGAUUGUGCUCCAUGCGCCUCAGGAAAAGUCUCUCAGUUCUGUGCUGGAAAUAUGGCAAUUGGCUGUUCAACCAGCAUUUCUUAUGUACACAGCUUCAGCAAUGGCUGUAACAUUCUUUCUGAUUUUGUAUUGUGCUCCCCGCUAUGGCCAGACUAAUAUUUUUGUGUAUAUUGGAAUAUGCUCCAUAAUUGGAUCCUUAACUGUCAUGAGUGUAAAAGCAAUUGGCAUUGCUAUAAAACUUACAUUGGAUGGUGCAAACCAGUUUUUCUACAUUCCGACAUGGAUUUUCACAACGGUUGCUAUUUCCUGCAUCAUUACUCAAUUAAAUUACCUUAAUAUGGCUCUGGAUAUUUUCAACACAGCAGUUGUUUCUCCUAUCUAUUAUGCCUUGUUCACAUCUUUUACAAUAUUAGCUAGCGCAAUCAUGUUUAAGGAUUAUUCUGGUCAAAGUAUAAGCAAUAUUGCAUCAGAGCUUUGUGGCUUCAUCACUGUUUUAUCUGGAACAGCCGUACUGCACAGUACAAGAGAACCAGAUCCUCCAGACAGUACAGAUCUUUACAGUCCCUUGUCUCCAAAAGUAUCAUGGUACAUCCAAGGCAAUGGCGAAACUUGGAAACAGAAGGAGGAAGAUGAACAACCCUUCAGUUUAAUCACAGUUAUUCGGCAAGACCAUUUCAAGUGAUACACAAGUCUUAAACUGGUAGAACAAGAAAUUAGAUUCAUCCAUUGCAACCCUGCCAUUGAGUUAGAUGGGGCCAUACUUUUCUCAUUGUCACAGCUCUUGCAUCUUAUACCAAGAGAAUUCAAGUGACUCUCACAUUGUGCAGGCAGAAACGAGACAGUGCAUAUUUUGUAUGCAAUGAAAGCUCAAGUGCUAUCAUCUGAAAUUCUUGCGGGGGUGAUGCUUCUUCCAGUUUGCAUUAUUGUUAUUAUCUUUUACCCUCUUGUAUUUCUUUAUCCCAAUUCUUUCUUUUGGUCCCCCGUUUUUUCUCCAGGUGACAGGUUGUGGGGGCUAAUCUAUAUGUAUUGAUCAAGUUAAUUUUAGUGGUGGCUUCUAAGGUGAAUAUGAGUGGUGUAUGGGUGUACCAUCAAAAUUUACCUGCCAUGAUAGGGUGCUUGACUGGUAGAGUGUGAUAAUGAAAAUUUAAAUGAGACCUUCAAAUUUUAGAA